GAACAGGGCCUUCUUUUCCCCCCCUCUGACUCUCUCUCUCCCCACAGCUCAGAGAGAUCGGUCUCUCUCCCCAACAAAGAGAAAAAUAAAAAUCAUAAUAAUAAAAUAAUUCUUCGAAGAACAGAGCAGAGGGAGGAGAGAAAAAUACAAAGAUGAGGGAUUCACGGCGGAGAUGUGGGCCGGCGGCGAAGAAGCUGGCCCUCCUCCUGCUCGCCGCCGUUCUACUCCUCCACGGGACGCGAUCGGAUCCGGAGGACGAGCGGUGCCUGACAGGGCUGGCCCAGUCCCUGGAGGACCCGGGGGGACGCCUCGUGAACUGGACGAAGACCAACUUCGCCGCCCCCUGCAGCGGGUUCACCUCCUACCUCGGCGGCGCCACCUGCAACAACGGCCGCAUCUACAAGCUCUCUCUCUCCAACCUCUCCCUCAGGGGCUCCAUCUCCCCCACCCUCUCCAACUGCACCAACCUCCAGGCCCUCGACCUCUCCUCUAACGCCCUCACCGGCACAAUCCCGCCGGACAUCCAGUCCCUCGUCAACCUCGCCGUCCUCAACCUCUCCGCCAACCGGCUCUCCGGCGAGAUCCCCCCGCAGCUCGCCCUUUGCGCCUACCUCAACGUCAUCGAUCUCCACGACAACCAGCUCUCCGGGCAGAUUCCGCAGCAGCUCGGUCUCCUGGUCCGGCUGUCGGCCUUCGACGUCUCGAACAACAGGCUCUCGGGCCCAAUCCCGGCCUCGCUAGGGAACCGGAGUGGGAACCUGCCCCGGUUCAACGCAUCCUCGUUCGAGGGCAACAAGGACCUCUACGGCUACCCGCUGCCCCAGAUGAAGGGCAAAGGGCUGUCCAUAUUGGCCAUCGUCGGGAUUGGGCUGGGCAGCGGGCUGGCGAGCCUCAUCCUCAGCUUCACCGGGGUCUGCAUUUGGCUCAAGAUCACGGACCGGAAAAUAGCCCUCGAAGAAGGCAAGAUCAGUCAGCUAAUGCCUGACUACUGAGCCCUCAUGGAUUGUUGCACUGACCUUAGCUUGAGGUAAAUAAAUUUGGUGGGGCAUUGAUGAUUAUUGCUAUUGUUCUUGAAGAUUUGCAGAUUUCUCAGCUGGAAUUUGGAAAAAGAGGGUUGAGCUCAUCUCAUCAUUUUUGUCUUUUUCUUUCUCCUUUUUCUUUUUCUUUUUCUUUUUCUUUUUCUUUUUCUUUUUUUUGGGGGUAAAAUUACAAUAGAAAUGCGGGCAAUUUCUAGCAAUUUAGCUGUUUUUCUCCACUAAUUUUGGCACUUUUCUGCCUUUUUUUUGUGUGUCAUUUUCUGUAUCUUUUAGGCGGCAUUUGUUCCCAACGAUCAACAGUGUAAAUUUCCAAAUACUAGGUUAUAUAUGGAACAUAGUUUAUUACGGAUUUC